AUGUCGGCCAGACCGACGCUUUCCAAACUGGUCAUUGCACUGGUAUUUCCCCUGCAAACGCUACGAGAUGUCAAUCCUGAGCUGCACCAGGACUUGGAGAAUGAUCUAGAUCAGCUACUCCACUGGCUCCAACCUUCUCAUGAGGGGACCAUUGAUCCAAGCCAGGCUGAACCGCUGCCGAGGACUAAAGUAGCAACAAGAAGGUGUCUUCGAACACAGCUGCAGCAGCUUGACUUUAUGAAGUUGUGGAUCAACUCGAUAAGGUUAGACCUUACUGACCGGUUUCCUCCAGAUCAGGAUCUCUUUACUGCAUUGGAUACUGUUUGGCAGCUACGUUCUUUCUACGUCAAACAACUUACGCAUAUGAAGCUUUCUGCAUUGGCCAAUGACUCUUUCUUGAGAGGUUUGUUUGCAUUGUUUACCAAGUACCUUCUGCAACAGCAUUUCCUUGAACAACUAGAGAUCCAUGUUAGAGAUUCUCUUUUUGAUGGCCCUUCCGUGAAAUUGAAGACUCUUUCGGCAAUUGGAAUGGAUGCUACGCUACGACAGAUUGUCGUAAAGGUCACAGUGGCUAAGAUAUGUACUCAUUUGCGUACGGUCUGCCGUGGCCAAUGGAGCUCACCUGUUCUCCAUGAUUUGGAGAAGUGGUUGAGACUUGAGCUUUAUCCAUCAUUUUCUCUAGGAUGUGGUUCCAAAUAUGCAUGUGCUUCUAGUAACGAUCUCGUUCAGAUAGCAAGAGACGAGUUAGUGCUGCUUCGGGUAAAGGAGAUCUUCAGUAUGGUAUCUCUGUAUCCAAGCAGUUUUGUUGCAUUACAGGAGCUACGUGAAUGUUUGGCAUUGGAUGCUGACCGUUUCCAGUCCUUAGCUCAUCACCGUGCAAAGAUCGUUGACGUUUUUAUUGAUGAGUGUGGACAGAGACUUCUACAUCUGGGAACCAACACAACUGACGUGAUCAUAACGUAUAUGAAGACUAUCAAGGCAUUCCUUUUGAUUGAUCCUACAGGCGUUUUACUAGACAAGGUUGUUCGUCCUAUAAGACAGUACUUAAGCACACGUCCUGAUUUGGUUCAACAAGUGGUGAAUGGAAUGCUUGAUUUGAACCCAGAUACAAAUCCUUUAGUUGAAUUGGCACAUGAGUUACAAGCAAACCAGCCUCCAUCUGCUGCGCCUAUCGAUGAUUUGACAGAUCUCAAAUGGAACCCAGAUCCAAUUGAUGCAUUGCCUGAUUUCCGUAGAGGAAAAAUAUCGGAUGUAUUGGAAGCUUUGGUUUCUAUCUACGAGCUGUCCUCGGUAUUCACUGAGGAGCUCACAAGCAUAUUUGGAGAACGACUUUUACAGUGGGACAAAUACAGCCUCGAGGACAUCGAGCAUGUCACUACGCUUCUCAAGGCUAGGUUUGGUCCUAAUGAGUUUUCUGCUUUGGAUGUCAUGAUCAAGGAUGUACACGACAGUAAAGAACUCAAUCUGAAAUUCAACAAAUCUGGUAUGGAAGUGACGAUCUUGUCCAAGAUGUACUGGCCAUCGAUAGGUCAAAAGCAAGAAAAUGAACAGAAGUUUACUGUUCCAAUCCAGGAUAAGUUUACCAGGUACACCGAGCUGUUCAACAAAGCGAAGCCGGGUAGAGAUCUUCACCUUCUUCCGUCCUUGGGCACGGUCACUUUGGACCUCGAAUUUGAAGGAAAAUUAAAGAGCUUCACUGUCACACCUACUCAAGCCACAGUGAUUGAAGUAUUUGAUGAGGAAGAUGAUGGUCUAUCGCUUUCGUUGAUCACAAUGUCAACUGGUCUUUCGGAGUAUGCUGCAACUCAGGCUCUCAAGUAUUGGGUAGACGCUUCAGUCUUAAGCGUCAGUAAUGGAAUUUACAAGGUUAUAGAAUAA